CAAAAUGUGUCAGCUGAAACUUAAUAUAUUUUAUGGGCAAACGUUUAUUAUAGAGUUGUAAAAUACUCACUGUAGACCGCUAAAAAUAUUUAUUCCCCAAGGAUUCACGUUGACAUAACAAUUUUACAGUUUUUAACCAUGUUGGAAUUGAAUGACUUCAAAACUGUAAGCCCUGAUGAUUUGACCGCCGCAUUGGGUUUUCAAAUUUACAAAGACUUAAGAAAUGAAGAACAAAAUGGGGACUUUCAAGUAAACUACGAUCAACAUCUGAAAGUCUUUUAUUUAACUAAGGAAGAUAAAGCUUACGUACCCGUUCUACACACAAAGGAAAUUGACUUAAAAAUUCUUCAGGCGUUGCAAGAAAAACUGGAAAAUAUUAACAUAUAUUUGGCCAUUGUCGAUAAUACUGCAAAUAUUUUGUAUUAUCAAAUAAGCCAAGGUCUCUGCGAAAAGCCAGUUAACAAAAACUCCGUUUAAGUAUAGCGAUAGAUACAUUUAUUCAAAAUCAUAUCAUAAAUAUAAAUUACGGUCACAACUUGAAGCUAAACAAAGUGACUGGAUGCGGACCAAUCCAUGCUGACAGAUUUAAAAUGAAAUCGACGAUAAUAGCCCCAAGUUGUAGGCAUAAUCAUAAUAAAAAUGACAAUAUAUGAUAGAUGA